CAUAGUUUGUACGUCGCACCUGCGCAGCGCGCAUGCGCCACGUUGCCGCGCCGCGGCGGCAUCGUAAAGACCAUCCGAGUUGCGCGGCGCGUCGCAGUACGAAUUCCGUCUUCGUCGCGUGCGCGCCGUCAGUGCCUCAUUCUAGUUAGACGACUCUGUCAGUGUACAACUACAGGAGCAACAUGGCAGUCUCCCUUAACACCGAGGACAAGCUGGAGUAUCAUUUCUACCCGGUGACGGCCGGACAGAUCCAGUUCCGGGUAAAAGCGGCCAACGAUGCUCACGUCGCGCUCACGACCGGUCCCCAGGAAGGAGAACCGAUGUACGAGGUCUUCAUCGGAGGGUGGAGCAACAGCAAGUCGGUCGUGCGCAAAAACAGAGCCAAGCCGGAGGUGGCGGAGGUGGAAACACCUGGGAUCCUCAGCGGCGAUGAAUACCGCGGCUUCUGGAUCAGGUGGGACAGCGGCACCCUCACGGUGGGCAAGGAGGGCGAGACGGGCCCGUUCUUGACCUACGCCGACCCGGAACCGUUCGGGAUCGGCUACUUCGGCGUCUGCACCGGCUGGGGCGCCACCGGUGAUUGGCUCAUCGAGGGUCACCGCAACUCCUUGAACACCCCUAACAAGCUACAGUACAUGUUCCAUGCCGUGCGAGGCGGCUCGGUGCUGAUCGACGUGAAAGCUAAGAGCAACGCGCACGUCGCGCUGACGAACCGGAAGGGCGAGUCGAGCCCCAUGUACGAAAUCAUGCUCGGAGGGUGGGAAAACAUGGCGUCCGUUAUUAGAUACGAUCGCAAACAGCCCGACAAGGUGCGCGUGGACACGCCGAGCCUGCUGAGCGAGCACGAGCACAAGAGGUUCUCGAUCACGUGGUUCGAGGGCCUCAUCACCGUGAGAACGGGCGGUCAGAACGGUGCUGUCCUCAUGAAAUGGCACGAUCCGAAUCCCAUCGGCGUGAGCUACGUGGGGGUGCGCACCGGUUGGGGUGCUACCGGGAACUGGAAACUCCGUUUCGAACAAUACCCCGCAGUCGCUACCGCCGCUAGCGGCCGAAAACAUCCUGGUACUACACCGUCCGCGCCGGCGGAAAUCCGCGACAUGGGCAGCGAGUGCUGGUGCGACGCGUCCGGUGGAAUGGUGCCGCCAGGCGCGGUCGAGGGCGGAAACGACGGCGAGACCUUGUUCGUCGGCAGGGCGCGUCACGAGGGUGCCCUCAUCCCCGGUAAGGUGAAGCCCAGCCACUGCGUCUGCUACGUCGCCUGGGGCGGCUCUGAGCACGGAAAGACUGAUUAUCAGGUUCUUUGCGGAUGCAACCCCACGUGGCUGCCGUGCAGCGGCGGCAACAUCCCGCAGAACGCGAUCCCGGGUGGCGAGACCGAAGACGGCGAGCCGCUCUUCAUCGGUCGCGUACAUCACGAGGAUACUUUGACCAUCGGCAAGGUGCACCCCUCUCACAGCGUGUGCUACAUACCUUUCGCUGGCUCCGAGGUCGCGUUCCCCGACUACGAAAUCCUGGUCUCGCAGUAAACGCCAUGGAGAAGAAACCGUCCGGGGCAAACCGAUGGAAGCUGCCGGCUUUAUCAGCAGUUCUGCGGAGAAGCGCGAAAACAAUCUCGAUUUCAUGACAGUAUCGCGAGUAUUCUAUCGCAUCAUCACGAAGAAACAAAUUGGACGGAGUAGCUGAAUUUCCUGCGAAAAAAACCCGCGAGACAGAGAAGCGAGGGAGGAUCGAUCAAGCCGCGACUGCGGUCGACUGUGUCGACGUUGAACUUGAAGAAUCUUUGAGACCCGUCCGCUUGUUAAUUUUCUCGGAGGCCGAGCAUCGCGUUUCGCUCGCAAACUAUACGGUGAGGGGGGAGGGGGGCAAUCUCGAGUGUGCGAACUAGUCUAGUUUACAUCGUAAGUCGCGACUUGAUGCCGCAGAACUGGCCGAUAAAGCCGGCGACGCGCUGUUCUACCGUCGCCCGCGCAAAAGCGUCUGCUUAUUCGCACAGAGUAUAAAUUGCAGCCACGCUAUAGGAAGAGCAAAUCAAACGGCAAAUAUACGCAGCUCCGCUAUGUAUGCUCUAUACAUAUACAUAUAUCUUGAUUGGCUCCGGAUAACCGCCGGAACAGAUGUUACGUUUAUCGUCUCCGCUGUGGGACGACGAAUCAUAGAGAUAUAUAUAUAUAUAUAUAUAUAUAUA